UUUACCUUGGGCAAGUUCUCAGUUGAGCAAGCUCUUUUAAACUUUGUCCGUCCAGUAGUUACGGAUAUCUCGUUUGAUGAGUUGGACUGACACGGUACUUCACGGAACGUAUACAUCAUCUUGGCGGAACAGUUACUGCAUGCAUCCCUUUGCAGUACCACUCAUCCGCUGCUGAAAGCUGUAGACCUCUUGUGGAGUGGACAACGGUAUUGGCGGAGACGCUGGCGCUCAACACGCUGCAAGCGGGCUGCUGGACGGCCGCACUUUGACGAGACGACAUCAGCGACUUCAGUGUUUGUUGGAGAAGCGGUCAGAAGACUGCCCGUGCCCGUGUUACCUGACGAAAUUCAUCAAUCGACCCAGCCUCUUCACCAACAGAACCACUUGACUUACAAGCUCAUCCAAGCGCUAUCCAGUCGAGCAGCUUGAUCUCUCAGUGAGGACUUCGAGCGAACUGCACACGCCGGCCACAAUUUCGGAGGUCCCGAAAAUGGCCCACCGAUGCGCCGUGUGCGCCAAGGAGUUCCGUUAUAGGUCAGUGCUGACGGCGCAUCUCCGCUGCCACACCGGAGAGAAGCCUUUCGAAUGUUCGGUCUGCAGCAAGAAGUUUAGUCAAGCUGCACACUUAUCAACGCACCUCCGCAUCCACACCGGGGACAAGCCUUUCGAAUGUUCGGUUUGCGAAAAGAAGUUUAGUCAUGCUGGACAGCUCAGAAGCCACAUCCGAACUCAUACCGGAGAGAAGCCUUUUGAAUGUUCGGUGUGCAAUAAGAAGUUUAGUCAAACUUCUAACCUCAGAAGUCACCUCAGUACCCACACCGGAGAAAAGCCUUUCGGGUGUUCGGUCUGUGACAAGAGGUUCAGUCAUGAUGGACACUUAAGACGUCACCUCCGCACCCACACCAGCGAGAAACCUUUUGAAUGUUUGGUCUGCAAUAAGAAGUUCAGCCAAACUGAACACCUUAGAACGCACAUCCGUACCCAUAUCGGAGAAAAGCCUUUCGAAUGUUUGGUCUGCAAGAAGAAGUUUAGAGAAACUGGGAACCUCAGAAGUCACCUCCGUACCCACACCGGAGAAAAGCCUUUCGAGUGUUCGGUCUGCAGCAAGAAGUUUAGACAAGCUGCACACUUAUCAACGCACCUCCGCACCCACACCGGGGAGAAGCCAUUUGAAUGUUCGGUCUGCAAUAAGAAGUUUAGGCAAACUGGGGCGCUAAAAUCUCACCUCCGCACCCACACCGGAGAAAAGCCUUUCGAUUGUUCGGUCUGCAGCAAGAAGUUUAGUCAAGCUGCACACUUAACAAGGCACCUCCGCACCCACACCGGGGACAAGCCUUUCGAAUGUGUGGUCUGCAACAAGAAGUUUCUUAAAGGUGGAAACCUAAAAUCGCACCUCCGCACCCACACCGGCGAGAAGCCAUUUGAAUGUUCGGUCUGCAAUAAGAAGUUUAGGCAAACUGGGGAGCUAAAAUCUCACCUCCGCACCCACACCGGAGAAAAGCCUUUGGAUUGUUCGGUCUGCAGCAAGAAGUUUAGUCAAGCUGCACACUUAACAAGGCACCUCCGCACCCACACCGGGGACAAGCCUUUCGAAUGUGUGGUCUGCAACAAGAAGUUUCUUCAAGGUGGAAACCUAAAAUCGCACCUCCGCACCCACACCGGCGAGAAGCCAUUCGAAUGUUCGGUCUGCAAUAAGAAGUUUAGUCAAGCAGCACACCUCAGAAGUCACUUCCGUACCCACACCGGAGAAAAGCCUGUCGGUCUGCAACGAGAAGUUAAGUAACGCAGGGCACCUUAGACGUCACCUUCGUACCCACAGAGGCGAGAAGCUAUUUCAAGAAGCUAAAUCGAACCAGACAGCUUAAAAAGCACCUGCGCUCUGACACCGGGGGGGAAGUCCAGUGGUCGAUCUCGGUCAAGUCGAAUCGCGGAGGCAGUAUUUAAAGACACACCUCCAUUCACAGCAGGAGUAGCGAGUCAGUGAUUCGUUUGUCAAGAGAGGUAAUUGAUUGUGAUUUCUCUUACAGCAGCAUGGAAAUCAUUUUGUGGAAAAUCUUGUUUAAACAGAUUCUAAAACUACUGAGACUUGUUGAAAACUUUUAUGCUCGCGCUUUGCACGUUACUUGGUCUUACUUUACAGUGGGCAGUUUGUCGUGGUUUCGCGAGUGUUGCACUGGUCUAGCUAGAGCGGCACAGGUAAAUUUCUCCGCUCUUUGAGUUUUUGCAAACUCAUUGCAUUUCUCCGCCAGUUUUAUCUCUUGUCCUCUUAAUUAGAACGCCUAAUUGUAUUGUUUUGAGUUUGAUUUGUUAUUUUCAGUUGUUUUGUCACCUUACUGUAAGAACCUUAUGGGUGGCAUUUUGAGACGCUUGACAAACAAAACUGAGUUUCUGUAAACAUUUGUGUAUAUAUUCUACCGCAAAAUAAAUGUUGACACCCAUUGUGAA